GCCCGGCCGGCUAUAAGUGCGAGUGGCGGGGUUCAUCGGCUGUCGGUGAGGAGCUCUAGCUGUGUGUCUGUCCCGCGGGGUGUCGGUCCGGCCCGGCCAUGUCUGACCCAGCUCCGCAGCCUGCUCCCGGGGCCCCCGAAGGGGGAGCCCCCGAAGGAGGAGCUCCUGAAGGGGGAGCCCCCGGUGCAGGCCCCCCCGGGGCUCCCCCUAAUCUGAGCAGUAAUCGCCGCCUGCAGCAGACCCAGGCCCAGGUGCAGGAGGUGGUUGAUAUAAUGUGUGUAAAUGUAGACAAGGUGCUGGAACGAGACCAGAAACUGUCAGAGCUAGAUGACCGGGCAGAUGCACUUCAGGCCGGUGCCUCAAUAUUUGAAAGUAGCGCAGCAAAACUCAAAAGGAAGUACUGGUGGAAGAACUGUAAGAUGAUGAUCAUGAUGGGAGUGAUUGGUGCCAUUAUUGUGGUGGUGAUUGGAACAUACACAUACCUGAAGUUCUGGCCCUCAAAGCAGUGGCUGGUUUUCCAUUGAAAAAUGAUGGUAGUUCCAGUUGUGCUGGACUGACUCUGAUCCUUAAGCCCAGAAAACAAUUCUCCACUGGUGUUGGAAUAUAAAUUCAAGAUCCAAAUGAGCUUCAAGAAUAGGAUCCUGUUCACAGCUUAUCUUAGAGCAUGACUGGAAUAAAGGUAAGUGCCCCAUUGUUUUGCUUCACUCGAAACAAUGAAACUCCUUGAAACACUUGAAACUCAUUAAAAAGAAAUGACAGAUCUUUGUCCCGUGCGGACUUAUUUUAAAAUGAGGUAUUUGUGCCCUUAUCGGCCUCUGCUGCUACAAAGGUUAGGCUGUAAAACAGUAUUCCCUGUAGCCUGGAGUUCCCUUAUGAUCAAUCUUUGUCCAGUCUUAAACAUCACCAAAAUCGUACCAGAACAAUGAGCACACCAGAACAAUUCAAAAUGGUGAAUUUGGAGCAAGGCAGCUAGACUAAUUCUUCAAAGGUGAAAGCUUUCCUGUGAAAGGAGGGUGUCUGGACUGGCUGGUGGAUUAAAGCAGCAUAUACAGUCUAAAAUUUCACACAGUUCGGGCCUGCACAACCUGAACAAACUAGUCAUGCUACAAUUCCUGCCAAUUUGUGUGUUGUCUUCCUGUCAGUUCCCAGCCUCAUUCAUAUAGGGGGAUAGGGAAAAUGUUUCUUAGGACAGAUGUAUUUUUAGACUGUUCACUGUGCAGUCUCAAAGUCUCUAGCCAAACCUGGGGACUUGAAUGCUCAUUUUCCAAAGCUGGCCAGCUGGAACACAGAGCUGGAGCUGAACAUACUGCUGAAAGUUGCCCCAGGGUUGAGCCCAGUUCAUGAGUCAUGUUGUGGAUGCACGCAAAGAGGUGCAUGUUUAACCAUAAAUCCUCUAGUAGGCGUUGGAAAUACCAUGCUCUGCUGGGAGCUCAUCUUCUGAGGUGCCAUCAUUUUACAUAUCAGCAAUUCUGCUGCUCCUGCAGAGUCUGUUAACCUGGACAAAACAUGUUUUUAAAUGUGCUUUAAAAGCAAGGCCAAGGCUUUGGGAGAAUGGUUCUUCAUAGGUCUAAUUAAAAAUUCAAGCUCUGCCUUUAAACAUGAAACAUGUUUAACAUGCCUUUGAACUGGAACAGAUUGCCCAGAGAAGUUGUGGAUGCCCCAUCCCUGGAAGUAUUCAAGCCAGAUUGGCUGGAGCUUUGAGCAACCUGGUCUAGUGGAAGGUGUCCCUGCCCAUGGCACAGGGUUGAAACUAAGAUGAUCUCUAAGGUCCCUUCCAAGGUCCCUCACACUAUUCUCUGCAACAUGCAGCUCCCAUAUCCACUCUUUCAUCCUGAUGUCUUUAGAUUUGGUGGAAGAAAAGCCUCAACUAUACUGCUCUUAAAUGUAUAUGCCUUAAACCUUCGUAUUUCUAGAUGCCUAAAGCAUUGCUCUGGCCUCUCCUGAGGUCUCUGGGCACUGAUCAAAGCAGGCUGCAAGUUCUCAUCAGUGGUGGGGUUUGUGGUCUCAGCUGGAGAGUAACCAAUUGAUAGGGGGGAAGACAGACUUUUCUUCAGAGUAGAGAUGUAGCAUCAACAUUUGUUUAAUGGACCUAGCUUUCCUGUGAAGGGACAGAGGUCCCUGCUCUGAUGUAUCUGCUGGGGUUGGAAGCCUUAACUUGGUGAAGAGAAGCAAUAAUGGGGAGGUAUAGAGAUUUUAUCUUUGUUUUGACCUCUUAGCAAAUAAUUACUCUCUGAGAUGUAAUAGAUAAAGAUAGAGGUUUUACAAAUAGGCAACUCAGCUGUGACUGUUGGAUACUUCAGCCUCCGUACUUCUGAUAAUCUUUGACCUAUUUUUUUGCCAGAGAUAGAGUGCAGCACCUAUUAAGAACACCCUUACUUGCUCAAAUGUGACCAGGCCCAUAACAUUCUUUCCUUCAGUGCACAGACCCACUAAAUGAUUUCUUCAGAGGCCAAAGUGACACUUUACUUUCAUGUUCUUUCCUGCCAGGCUUCUUUUCCAAAAGGCUUUGUACUAUUUUUUUAAAUAAAUUUGUUUUAAUCUCCAAAAAAGCUUUUUUUAGUUCAUUACUUUUAAGCAUGUACUUGAAAGCUGAAGGCACUUUCCUCUCUUGUGCUCAAAAGCCUCUUUUAAAUAUUGCACAUUGGUGAGUACAAAGAACUGCAAGACUGAACACAGACAUCUCUCUGGUAUGUUCCUGAUCUCCUUGGUUCCCCUCUGUCCUUUCACCAACAGCACUGCUACCCUUUUCGUUCCUUGAUGUAGUCCAUCUCCACCCCUUAGCUUUUAAUGAACCUGUCCAAAGAGCCUGGUAACCCUUUCCUCAAAUUCAUUCUUGUUUUGACCUCAGUCUAUGAAGACAAACCUUGCACCUAUUUGUCCAGCUUCCCUAAACCCUCCAGCAAGCAGAGUUUAGUUCUUCUAAAUGUACUGGUUAUUUUUCCAAGUGAUCAUUUUUUCAUUUUUUUCCUAGCUUUCUUAGACACUUAUGUUGUACUUCCAUGCAUUUCCUCUAUUACCUUAAUUUUUAUGGAAAAACAGUUGUUUUGAUAUCUGUCAAAUUGUGACUAUCUCAUUCUGGAGGGACAAGUUUUCAGCAGAUAGCUGGGUAUGCCUGGCUAUGCCUCUCUGUCUUUGUGUUUCCUGCCUUCUCAACCAUCCCGUGCUUAGUUUUCCUCCUUCAUGGAGGGUCUGACCCAUUCUUUCCUUUCUCCCAGUACUUCUUUCCAUUCUCUCAAUCUCACUACACUCCAAAUUUCCUUAGAGGUUCUCAGAUCCUCUGAAGUCAUCCAAUCUCACAGUUGGAGUCCUCAGAAACUUCAGUAUCCCUACAUUUUCCAGACACUGUAUCCCUUUUCUCUGCUAGCACAUGAUUUCCAAAUGCUCUUAACACUCAAUCAACUUGCAAAUGUCUGUCAACUCCACAGUCCCACAGGUGCUGGGGCCCUUUAUACCCCAUCUCUGCAGGUUGUUUCAUAUCCAAAAGAGCCCACCUCUCUUUCCUUGUAUUUCAACUGUAUCAAACACUUAAACAAAUAUUCUAUUGUUUUUUAAGCCGUAAACUCUCAUCCCUCUUCUUCCUCUGUAAUUUCUCCAUCGUAUAAACAUUCCUCUUUCUCGCUCUUAAAUACAUGGAACUACUUACUUCUGUGCUGCUUACUCCUGCAAAACAAACCACUCUAAUACUCUAACUUAUCCACAAAAUGUUUUCUCUUCUUCUGCACUUCCUUUCCCCUUCAGGCACUUGUAUUUCUACUUCUCUGCCUUCUUCCUGCACAACAGGUGCUCCCAGUCCAAAAAGACACAACUCGCUCUUCUUCAGUCUCCUGUGACCUUCGGGUGCUCUUUGUGUGUUUUCCAUGUCCUCCAAAUAACUGUGCUGUGCCUCUGGCAUAUCUAAGACUACUGCGCAUUUACAUCCCCUCAGCUUUCUCCUCUGGUACAAAUCCACCCCAGCUCAGACCUUUAAUUUGUCUUUUGCUGACCUGCAGGUCCCUCUAAAUGUGCACUUUCUUCCCUUUUCUCUGCUUUUUCACAUUCUCGGAGAAACACUCCCAUUUUCUGCACUCUCACUCCAGCACUGCUGGACUCACCUCUUGUUUUCAGCCAGACCAAGCUCACUGUAUGUCUGUUGAGCUGAUAAUUUGUGGUCUUGUCAGCCUACAAAAAGUGUAGGGAUAUUCCUGGGAGGAUCACCUGAUUUCUCUCAAGAUGGCAAUUUUUGCACUGAUUCUCAGGGCAAGGAGGGCUAAUCUACUUACCAACUUGUAUGACAUCUUCUUCAUGUUUGUAUAGGCUUUUAAAUCUGGAUUUACAGCUAUCCAGAAUGGUGCCAUUACUUUGAGUUCAUCAGUCAAAGCUCUUGUUUUCUUUUUUUUUUUUUUCCUCCUCAUUUUAACACUUCUACAGAAGUGAGAGAAUAUGAUGCAAGCUUCCCCCACAGAAUAUUUCACCACCUUCUGCAGCUAUAUUUCUUUAUGAUGAAGAGAACUUAGUGUUUCAAGUAGUUUAUGCCGCUGAUUAAUCUUUUUUAAUCACCCACUGUGAUGCAUUGGGUCUCAUCAAUUUUAUGGUUAUUAGAAGGUACCAUGUGAUGUGAAGAAUCGUGUCUUACUCUUUGGAUAUUCAGGAAAGAUCAUGCUCACCGUAUGAAUCAUCAUACAUUUAUGAUAUACAGAGACUGUUUUAGGUGUUGCACCUGCUCUUUCUCCUUUACUUCUCUAUCUGCCGUUCUUGUUUUAAUUGUGACCAGAGUUACUUUUAGGAACUAAACCUAGCUUUUAGCUCUGCUUCUUGGGCAGUGUUUUUAAAGAAUAUGAAAAUCCCUUCAUCAAGGCAACUUACAGAUUUCAUUCUUUAAUUACCCCUUUUUCUUCAUUUAAAAUUACCCACAAACACAGAAAAUGGACUUUUUUCAUGUUUGCAGAUGCCCUGAUUUUUUCCAGUGGCAGCCUCCAAAGAGGAAUACAUGUUCCCAUACCUCUAAGUGCCUGUUGCAGGACUCUCCCUCCUGCUGGGCUAUCACCCUUGCUGAAAGACACCCCCUGAAUUGUUUGCUUCUACUCCCAGCAGAAAGACAUCAUCUUCAUUUUCAAACCAGGGUCAUCAGCUGAGCACUGGGAUAAAAUUUGAAAAACCAUGAAUAACUGUGAGGUAAAGAAUACAGAGUUUGUGUCUGUGAAGAAGAAUAAAAUCACUCUCUGCUGGGAACUGAAAAGUGUGUUUAGGUAAUUGAGGCAAGAGCAAUACGAUCAGCGUGUGUUUAGCAUCUCAAAGGGAAAAAUUAGGCAACAGUUUAUAGACUGCAGUAAACCCCUCCAACUUCCCAAGGGCAGUGUAUCUACCUUAAUUUUUAAAAUAACUUAAGUUUUUCUUUUGUUAUGAUUAACUAGUUUUUAAAUUCAAAAGCUGCUCUUUGCAAUGUGAUUGGGUACAUGGUACCACAGGUCUUUGCCUAAACUAUAUGCUUAAAUUCUGGUAUCUGUGUUUGUGUCUUGUGAAGUGGAUAAUCCUGUUUGUUAAGGACAUCACCCUUGCUCUCUUGAUACCCCAUAAAGUGCUGUGUAAACACCAUUGCAUCAGAAGUCUGAAUAUUUGUAAGAAAAGAGUAUGGCAAGCUUACUGCAAGAAAUAAGAUGUGUUCUCUUAUGCAAAGGUCCCCAAAUUAGUUCCUGAAAGGAGGACCAUCUUUGCCUAUGUGGUCCGAUCGAAUAGGAUAAGGCUUUAACUGGAAGGAUUUUUGACUAAAGCCUGCAAUACUUCUCCUGUGCUUGGCUUAGGAAGAAGAGCCUCAGCAGUCUCUGUGGGUGGACCAGAUAAGGGUCGGGUCAAGCAGAACAGGCACUGCAGGACCUGUGCUCUUCUGAUUUUUGUGGGAUCCCAUGGUAGCAGAGGUACUGUUUGGGAUUUUUUUGAGGGUGUGCAUAAUCCUGCCAAACUCUCUUUGUUUCCCUCAUGAAAGCAGGGAGGGCCAAGCAGGUGUAGAGAUCAAUUUCUCCUAGACCUGUUGGCAAACAUUUAAAUCACUGGAUGUACAUGUGUAUGGUGCAUCACAAGGAAGGGAGGCUAUACACCCAAGAUCUACAAGUGCAACACAGGCAGCUUGAAAAGGGAAACCUGGCUCUGCCAGAGGUGUUUUGUCCCAGACCUGGGAGUGGCAGCAAGCAUCAACCACCUCUCCAGAGAAUUGUGCAUAGUAAUGGUUGAGAUUAUGCCAGUGGCUGUUGUCUCAAGUAGCCUCUUCUCUGAGGGAGAAGGGCGUGGGUAGCACAGUCUUGGGAUCACAGUCAGAUAUUAGCAACAAGGAAAGAGCAACCAGUUUCCAACCUUAGGGAGACCUUAACAAAGCUCAGCAUGUUGAGAGGUUAGUACCCCAGCUGAGGCUCCACUCCUGUCCCUUGUCAUACCACAGAGGAGGCCAGUCGCACCUGCCAAACCUCUUUAAUUAACGACAGACCAGAACAGUGGCAGCAUCCUUGUUGCGGGGAAAAGCAAGCAUGCACGCAUGUGUGGGUGUGCACAUGCACAGAGUGUAAGGAAAUCAAGAGGACAUCUCCCCCAUACAUAGACUAGAUCAACUCUCAUCCCUGGUGAUCCCCAGAGCAAUAGUAUUUUAUGAGACUGAGUAAUUCACCUACUGUAGUGAAAGCAAUGAACCCAGGCCAACCACAGAGCAGUCUUCUGCUAUGAUUCAGGUGCAGCACCCAAGAAGGAAGGAAAACACAGGUCCCACAGCAAAGUGUGCAGCCUUUGCUCCAAUUGCCACCUAUCUGAAUGGUGGAAUAAGCUGCUGUCUCAGUCGUGUCCCACCUCACCAUCCCUGCUUGGCCCACGUGGUUCCAGGCUGUUAUAGGAUGGCAGAGUGGUCACUACAGCCUCAACAGUGAAGCGAUGUGGAGCACUGAGACCUGGUGUCUCAUCCUGGAAAGCAGCGUUAUCAUGACUGUUUGGAGAGGGUCCCGGCGGAGAGAGCUUCUGCCGGGAACGGAACCAGCGGAAGGACAAGAUAAAGGUGAUGGCAAUGAAAUCCAGAAUCAGCUCUGCAAGCUCCAUCACAGAAAGGACAGAGGAUCCGAACCAGAGACUCCACUGGUUCCCAAGCUGGGACAGAAGAGUCACUACCUGCAAGAGAUGGAGAAAGAGCAGUGAGGACAGCCCUCAUUCAAGACUUUUGCCUCCCUGCCUUUUCCCACUAGCAGUGCCCCUGUAGUGCUGGGAGGUUCCUCUCACCCUGCCACAGGAAAAGAGACUGAAUAGCCAGCAAUGCUGCUGGAACAAACAUGUGGCAUUGUGGGGGAAUGGGUGGCUAGAGAAGACAUGGUAAUAAAGUAUGUACCGUGAAGGCUGGAGACUCCCCGUUGGUCUUGUAGUUCCACUCCUUAAAAAAGAUAUUCACUUUGGCAACUCCGUUCCUGUAAAUGAAAGAUGAGGCUCAGUAACCCCAGCUCCUCAAUCCCUGCAUUUCUUCACCUCAUUCACCAAGUGUAAUUUUCUUCUCUGUCUCCUUUUGCCCCCAUCCUUCUCCCACACAUACCACCCAGAGGCCUUUUCCCAUCUCUGCAGUUCCCUCAUUCUGCACUGAAUGUAAUCUUUGGUAC